AAGCUGCGAGGCUGUGCGUUUCUGACGAUGGUAAUCGAAUCUCCGAACGUGAAGCGGGAUGUAGUGACAGGCGAUCGCGCUCAAAGGGAAUGCCGUGUGCUGUGACUGUUAUCUCCCAAGGAUCUUCCACACGGUUUGAGACGAGGAAAAAUUCGCGGACGAAUGAGAAGAAUUUGUGGAGGGAAAGUUCGACGACGAGAGUUUGAGUCGCGGAAAGUGCUUCCACACGAGAGUACCUGGGUCCUGGUUCGCGCUGCUCGUCGGCGCGACGCGGGGGCGGCGGAAGACGACGACGGGUGUUUGUAAAAAGGAGACGAAGAACGGGGCAAGUGUGUGUCGCUGACACGAGUUGACGCUACGCGACGUGACGUGACGUGACGUAACGUGACGUGACGUCGGGGCGUCGAGAUGCCUCGAGAUGAGAUGGCCACCCCCCUUGGAUCCCUCGCGUCGCUUCUCACGCUUCUACUCUACGCUUGCAGCAGCUGCUAUGCCAGGAUAACCGAUCAGGAAGUCGUGACAAUGACAGAUGCGGAAGCAGUGGCAGGCGGAAUUGCUCAGCUACCAUGCGACGUGAAACCACCGCUCUCGGGGGACAAGCUGCACCUAGUUAUUUGGUAUAAGGAAGAGGCAGAUGCGCCGAUAUACAGCUUCGACACAAGAUCGAGGGACACCCCGGAUCAAGGGAAUCACUGGCAGGAUCCCAGCCUGGAAGGACGAGCGUUCUUUAAGCACUCCGAAACCUCCGCGAAGCUCACUCUAGAAAAGGUUCGCGAGAGCGACGCAGCUGUUUACAGAUGCAGAGUCGACUUCAAGCAGUCGCCGACGCGCAACAGCAAAGUCAAUCUAACGGUCAUCAUACCGCCGGAGCAGCUUAGCAUAUUGGACGAAGACGGAAGGUCUCAUAUUCCCCAUUACAUCCUUGGCCCGUAUACUGAAGGAGCGUCUCUCAAUAUCACGUGUGUCGCCGCCGGUGGGCGACCGCAACCACAAGUGACAUGGUGGCAGGGGUCUGCUCUACUGGACAAGACCUACGAGACCGUGGAUGCUAAAAGGGUGCGGAACGUGCUGCAAUUGGAAAAGUUAGGUCGCGAACAUUUGCGUGCAUUUCUGACCUGUCAAGCUAAGAACAACAACAUGGUGGCGCCGAUAUCAAGUUCGGUGUCACUUGAUAUGAAUUUGAAACCGCUCUGGGUCCGAAUUCAAGGAGAGAACCGUCCACUUAGCGCCGGCAAGACCUACGAGAUAACUUGCGAGGUUGUCGGAGCCAGACCAAACCCGACGAUCACGUGGUCCAAAGGGAACAUGAUACUGCGAAAUGCACGAGAGACGACGAGUCCCGACGGCAAUGUAACAACCAGCGUCCUCACAUUCGUGCCGAGUAUCGAAGACGCCGGAAAGUUCCUCUACUGUCGCGCCAGCGUGCCAGAUAUUCCGGACUCGGAGAUGGAGGAAGGAUGGAAGCUCGAUAUACUCCACGAGCCUGUGGUUACCCUCGAGCUUGGCAGCAAUUUGAAUUCGAGCGCUAUUCGGGAGGGUAUCGACGUUUACUUCGAGUGCAACAUCAAGUCCAAUCCCUGGGUUUACAAGGUUUCCUGGCGCCAUAACGGCAAUCCGCUGUAUCACAACGCGGCAACCGGAACGAUAAUAAGUAAUCAGAGCCUGGUGCUGCAAAGUGUCACUCGCAGUAGAGCUGGGAUUUACACGUGCAUUGGCAAUAAUCAAGAGGGUGACGGCGAGAGCAAUCCACUGAACUUGGACAUAAAGUUCGUGCCGGUAUGCCAGCACGGGCAGACGAAAGUAUUCGGCGUGGCGCGACAGGAGACCGUGAGGAUCCCCUGCGAGUUGGAGGCGAACCCGCCGGAAGUAUCGUUCACCUGGAAAUUCAAUAAUACAAUGGAAGCGGUGGACAUACCUCAGGCGCACGUCACAAGCGACCGUACACGCUCGACAGCCUCCUACACACCGAUGACCGAGCUGGACUACGGCACUCUCCUUUGCUGGGGCAGCAAUGACCAGGGCACUCAGCUCGAGCCGUGCGUCUACCAUAUCGUGCCAGCUGGCCGCCCGGACACGCCGCACAACUGCUCCUUGUUAAACCAAACCACCGACUCGAUCUACGUGGAAUGCAUUGAGGGCUUUGACGGCGGCCUGCCGCAAAAGUUCACCAUGCAGGUGGACCGUGAGCCCGGGUCCGGCAAGAGCGGCGGCCCCACGACCGUCUACAACCAGACGAGCAAGGUGCCGGUUUUCUCCGUCAGCAAUCUGGAUCCCGGCAGCAACUACGAGGUUUCCAUUUACGCCACUAACGCCAAAGGUCGCAGCGAGACCGUGCAUUUUCGCGCCACCACCCUGAAUCUCCCUGAGAGGCGAACAGCAGGUGAAAAGCUGGCGCAACCACCCUCGCCGGAGAAUUGCACGAUCCGGGAGGAGAGCCGGACGACCGUGCGGGUGAGCUGCGCCGAGAGCGAAUACGUCGACGCGAACACGGCCAUCUACGUACUGCAGGUCUUCGACGCCGACACCAGGCAUCUGCUGGCGUCCUCAUCGAGCCUGACGCCGAGAAUGCUCGAGGUGACGAAUCUGCCGGCCGACCGGAGCCAUUCCGGCCUCAUGCUGUCCCUCAGAAUCAUGACGGAGCAAGCGAUGAGCGACGCGACGGUCCUCUUCAGUCACUUUGUACAGGAGGGUAAUACCAAUAAGGAGCACCAACGUUACCCAGCCCUCACACCAGUUAUGCUGUCGCUGUCGGGUCCACUAUUGGGCGCCGUGGUGGGAGCCGCAGCGGGGUUGCUUCUGGUGAUCUUCGUGAUCGUGCUGGCUGUCAAGCUCCGCUAUCGACCCCGAUCUCAGGAGGACUCUCACGACGACGGCGGCAUGGCGAAUCUCGCGGCGUCAGGAACCGGCACCUCGUCUCCGCAUGACAAAUCGUCGACCUUGCCCCUCAGUACCGAUAGCAUCGAGAGCUUCGAGAAGAAUCCCGAUAUAAUACCGCACGCGAACGAAAAUUCGUAUGCGGAAUUAUGCAAAAGUGCAUCACCGCGAUAUGUACUGCAGCAGCAACGUUCAGAAGUGAAUACCUUAUCAACGACGAACAACCAGGGACCCGAGCUAACAUACGUCGAAUUAGCACUAAGGGGAAACCGGCGAAUACCUCCGAAUUGCUACCAGCCUGUGCAAAUCUCCAGCAUUCAACGGCCCCAGCUGCUGCCCAUGUCGACUUUGACGCGCAGACAGCCGAUGCAGGAGCCGACGAUUUACGCGCAAGUCGCCAGUCAUUCUAAACCGAUUUACGUGCCACCGCCACACCCGUACAUGAAUCGUUCUAGCGACGAAACUACGGCGGAGACACCAUUGAUCGGACACGACAAUAAGAUCACUACGAUCAGCCACUCGGGCAGCUCAAUCUGGCGCACCGACGCGCCGCCUUCCUCGAACGCGCCAACGACAUGAUUCCAGCAAGCUGCAUCGUAAUUCACGAUUCCAUUUCGCUCCUAAACGUCUCUUAAUGUUCUCCCUCUCCCCUCUGCCCCCUUCUCGGAAGAAAAAGAAAAUAAAAGUACACAUCGAUCUACGUACGUGUUAAGGAGUUCUUCGAAGGAGGUGCCAUGGUCCUCCACCGAGGUAGAGAUUGUUAGACCUUUACUACGAGUGUUAUAAAUAGAGGAUUCGUUCGACGAUGAAAGUAAUUAAUGAAAUCGCGCGGAGUAUAUAUAUAUAUAUAUACACACACACAUAUAUAGAUUAUGCGCUUUACCGAGUGUUUUGUGAUAGUGGUUGGUUGGAGCCGGGAAAAAGAUCGAAAACUGUUUUUCAGCCGUCCGUAAAAUUCGAGGCGGGGCGAACGCACUAUUUUGAUCCCGUUUCACUUCGUACUGUCGAUCGAGAAUUUGUUGUUCGAUGAAUGUUAUCGGAGAGUUGGCAAUAAUUACGUGUAAAAAAAAACCGUUGUUCCGGCGCGGUGCAAAAAAACCGGUGUGUUUCUCUGCAACUUUUACGUACCUACAAUUAUACCCGUGAACAUUAUUUGAUUCUUCGUGUAGAAAAAGUUGAACUUAAAGUUAAACGAAAAAUUUUAACUGAAUAUUUUAGAGCAUUCUCUAGGAUAAGUAGAAAUUAUAUUAAUUUUCUUUCCUGCAAUUUCUCUAAAUAUUCUAAAUCUCGUAGAAUAACAAAUUAUUCGAAAAUUGUAGCUCAAUUUUCAGUCCAUAGAAGUGAAUUUUUUUCUUCUAUAAAGUAUGAAUUUUGACUUCUAUUAAAGUAGUAAAUCACUCAAAGAAAUUGCACAAAGUCCAUCUUCACUCUUUUGAAAUGACAUUUCAUUCUCUACAAGAUUUUAAAGAUAAGUUUAGUUAGUAAAUCUUAUAAUUGAAAAGUUACAGUGAUUUUUAAUAUUUAUCGAUAUUGGACGUGAUAUCAAUGCCAAUAUCUCUCCAAAGUUUUGUGUAAAGAGGAAUUUUGGCUAUUGGAAAUGUUUGAUACAUUGAUUUUGACAAGUGCUCGUAGGUAUGAGUUAAAAAUCGAAAUAGCACUUCGCUCGCCUCAGCGUGUAAAUCAAACAACGCCGGUGGAAAUAGAUUGCGAACGCAACGAUUUAGUGUGAUUGGUAGGAUAAAGUUAGCAGCGCGAUUGUUUUUUGAUCAUAUAACCCUGCGUCUUCUGUACCGUCCUACGAAUUUUUCAUUCGAUAUUACUUUCAAGCUUCAUUUAUAAGAUGCUAUUAAAAUUCGAAUUAUUUAAAUUUUAGAUAUCCUAAUCAUUAUUUAUCAUCAUUAAAUUAUAAUACUUUUAAUUAAGUAACUUAUAGAUUUCUAAAACAUAUUUAUAUAAAUCCUAUUUUUUAUUUUAAAAAAUAUUAAAGUAUAUUAGAUGAUAAAAAUCAAACAAUUACACUGCCCUUUUUAUUGGAACCAAUUACACUGCCCUAAAAUUUAAUUAUGACAAUUUCCAAAACAAAUUAUUAAUAAUAUUAUUAUUAUUAAAUAUAUGAUUGUAAAA